AGAGAUCUCCAGUCAGAAAGAGACUGCCUGCGAGGGAGAUUCCUGGCUGCUGCUGUGUAGACCAAGGAAACCCAGGACCCUCCGGGAAGACUAAGCAGCCCGGCCUCCGACCCACAGACCUGAGAGCUGCACCACUGCCCUUGUUUUCUGACGCCAGUACCACCUGCAGCAGGCCAGGCUCAGCCUCAGAGAGGAGAGAGCACAAGACCCCACAACAUGGCACGCACCAAGCAGACCGCCCGCAAAGCCACCGCCUGGCAGGCCCCCAGGAAGCCCCUGGUCACCAAAGCCGCCAGAAAAAGGGCGCCGCCUACAGAAGGGAUCAAGAAGCCUCACCGCUACAAGCCUGGCACCCGGGCGCUGCUGGAAAUCAGAAAGUACCAGAAGUCCGCGCAGCUGCUCCUGCGCAAGCUGCCCUUCCAGCGCCUGGUGCGGGAGAUCGCCCAGGCCAUCAGGCCGGACCUGCGCUUCCAGAGCGCGGCCAUUGGCGCCCUGCAGGAGGCCAGCGAGGCCUACCUGGUGCAACUCUUUGAAGACACCAACCUGUGUGCCAUCCAUGCCAGGCGCGUCACAAUUAUGCCCAGAGACAUGCAGCUGGCCCGCCGCCUCCGUGGAGAGGGUGCUUUAGAGCCCACGCUCCUGGGAAACCUUGCACUCUAGAGGACUUCUUUUCUGUUUGGUUGUGUUUUCUUUUUUCUCUUCCCCCUGUAACUGGUAGUUCUGAUGUGAGAACUUUUGUUCUGUUUUGGUUUCUUUUCCCUCCGGGGGUCCAAAGGUAGCUAAGCAGAGGAUUGCCAGUGGAAACGUAGGCAGAAAUCAGGUGGCGGUUGUGUUUGUGUGUGCUUGCUAGUAAACGUCUCAUCUACUUUGAGGCUCCCAAGGCACUAGUGUCAAGUGGAAAUGUCUCUGUGAGCGAGUUUCCGUUCAACUCUAUAAAAUUAU